GACAAUCUGGACAUGUACCAGAUGCAGGGGAAAGGAGGAGCAGGUGGAGACGUGAAGAAGAAGAAAAUGAAGAGGAAGGACAAACUGGAGAACAUGAAGAAAGAGAUGGACAUUGGUCUGAGCAAUGCCAAGGCCCAGGAGGUGCUGUUGAGGGAUGGACUCAAUGAGCUGAAACCCCCCAAGGGUACUCCCGAGUAUGUGAAGUUCGCUCGCCAGUUGGCUGGGGGGCUUCAGUGUCUGAUGUGGGUGGCAUCUGUCAUCUGCUUCAUCGCCUUCGGAAUCGAAACAGCCCGAGGGAACCUCUCUGGUUACGAUGAUCUCUAUCUCGCUGUCACACUGAUCGCUGUGGUCGUGGUUACAGGCUGUUUCGGAUAUUACCAGGAAUUCAAAAGCACUAAUAUCAUCGCCAGCUUCAAAAACCUGGUCCCUCAGGUGGAUAACUCGUCUCUAACUGGUGAGUCCGAGCCUCAGUCCAAGGGGCCCGAGUGUACCCACAGCAAUCCUCUCGAAACCAAGAACAUCGCCUUCUUCUCCACCACCUGCCUCGAAGGAACUGGCACUGGCAUCGUCAUUAACACCGGGGACCGCACCAUCAUUGGGAGAAUUGCAAGCUUGGCUUCGGGAGUGGGCAAUGAGAAGACCCCCAUAGCCAUUGAGAUCGAGCAUUUUGUGGAUAUUAUCGCCGGGCUGGCCAUCUUCUUCGGAGCCACGUUCUUCUGCGUCGCCAUGGUGAUCGGUUACCAGUUCCUGGACGCCAUGAUCUUCUUCAUGGCCAUCGUGGUGGCCUACGUACCCGAGGGUCUCCUAGCGACCGUCACGGUUUGCCUGUCUCUGACUGCAAAGCGACUUGCUCGGAAGAACUGUGUGGUGAAGAAUCUGGAGGCUGUGGAGACGCUGGGAUCCACUUCGGUGAUCUGUUCCGAUAAGACCGGCACUUUGACCCAGAACCGCAUGACUGUCGCUCAUCUCUGGUUUGACAAUCAGAUCCAUUCGGCAGACACCACUGAGGACCAAUCAGGCCAGAGUUUUGACCAGACCUCGGAAACAUGGCGUGCCGUUUCCCGUGUGGCCACUCUGUGCAAUCGCGCCAUGUUCAAACCCAACCAGGAUGGAAUCCCCAUUCCGAAG